CAUGGAGGAAAACGUAGGCGGAGCGAAGCGAAGCGUCGGAGCCGUUCAUUCCUAAAAAAUAAUUUUUAAAAAGCGGCUUAAAUAAGAGGAGCCGUGCAGCGCCGUGCGGGGCAAGCAGGAGGCUGGAGGCCCUGCAGACUCCAGAUACCCCGUUUGCCCCGUGAACGAGGCGACAAAAUAAAAUCACGUGAUCCAAAAUGGGCAGUCCUCUGACGGGGCUGAAAAAAGCCAUUUUCUGGCGCUGCUGCAAAUUCUGUCCAAGUCCAAACACUUCACCUGGAUCCGGGCCGGAGGAGAGCAGAACUUUUCCCUGAGAUCAGGUCUGUCCAGAUGGAGAAAAUGCAGCCGAACCGGGUCAAAAUCACAGACCUGAAUCCGCACCUCACCUGCCCUCUGUGCGCCGGAUACCUGAUUGAUGCCACCACCAUCGUAGAGUGUCUGCACUCCUUUUGUAAAACUUGCAUCGUUGCCUUCCUUGAGACAAAUAAGUUCUGUCCUCGAUGUGACGUCCAGGUUCACAAGACGUGUCCACAGCUCAGCAUCAGAGCGGACAAAACUCUACAAGAUAUUGUUUAUAAGCUUGUUCCGGGGUUAUUCAAAGAUGAGAUGAAGCGGAGGCGGGACUUUUACGCAGAGAACCGAGUUCUGGAACCGGGGGAAGUGGUGGAGACGUUUAACAUAGCAGAGGAUGAAAUCAUCAGUCUGUCCAUACAGUUCUACGAGAGGAACAAAAAUAACAGUAACGAGAGGCAGUGCUCGGAGAUGGAAGGAGACAAGUCCAACGGUAAACGCUUCCUGCAGUGCCCAGCAGCCAUGUCCGUCAUGCACUUAGCAAAGUUCCUCCGGAGCAAGAUGGAUAUACCCAACAACUACCGGGUGGAGGUUUUGUACGGAGACGAACCUUUGAAGGAUUACUACACACUAAUGGAUAUCGCCUACUUCUACGAGUGGAGACGGACUGGACCGAUCCCUCUACAGUAUCUGGUCAAACCCACCCGGAAGCGCAGAAGGCCGUCCCAAUCGGCCGCUCAGGGCCACUCGGACGGCGUGAACACCAGCCCGACGUCAGAGAGCGACUCCCAGAGCGACAAAGUCCACAGUCCUGCUGCAGCCCAGCCGCCCCGGUCCUCCUCCCAGUCCAGCCCCGCCUCCCACAGCCUCCCACCGGCCCCCCAAAGCUCCAACGGUACCACUGUGCCCAGCAACUCUCAGCGACACUCCCUCGCCUCCAAACAGGGCGCUCGUAAGGUGACUGUGAACGGCACCAGCUCCGGCAAAGAGGAGGCGAGGGGAGGCGACAAAAGCGGACCUACGACCUAACGGGAGCUUGGCGGCAGCGUCGGGGAGGACAGUGUUUGAAAAUUGCUCCCUUUUUUUUCUUCCGCGAUCUCGAAGCCUUCGUCCCUCUGGAGGCGGAUUUUACUGUUUUCUUUCAGCAGGAAAGACUGAAGAGUGCAGCCAAAUAGACACUUGUAUGUAUGUGCGUGUGUGUGUUUGUGUGUGUUAGACUAGAAAGCAGUGCACACAUACAAACUGUACAGUAUGUAUCAAAUGUGAGCAUGUGUGCAUACAUAUGUAUAAACUUAUCUUUUAUACAAGAUAUUGUAAUCGUUUUGUAUUGUAUAUGCAGUGGGUCUGUUUUCAUUUCCUCGUAGCUCCAUAGACUUUUGAUUUGGCCUCCAGGAAAACUCGAGACAAAUCGCUGAGAGGCGCUGCAGUGUGACUCACUGCAGAAAAGUUGGAUGUAAAGAAGAAAAAAAACCCAACAACAAGAGAAUCCUUGCCUUUAAAAUCAUGUUCAUAACUGCUGUGUAAGUGUCCAGUAUAAGCAGCUCAUCAGGUAACAUGUACAUUACUGAAAACUGUGGAUGCACUUUGUUAAGGUCCCGCCACACAAACCAACAGGAAGAAGCAUUUAUAUUGUUUUGAAUUCAAGCACUACCAGACUCUGUUUCUCUCUCGUUGCAGUCGAAGAACUCAAAAGGGAUUUGAAUAUUUGGCCAUGUAUGUUGUAGUUCCAUAAAUUUCAACAUUCCUUUUGUUUUUCUUUUUCAACCAACAAUGAUACUUUUUUUUUAUCAGCCAUAUGUGCAUGUUUUAGGUCAAUAAAAAUGUUUACUUACAAGUUUA